UCUAUUUAGGAACUAGAAGAACGGUUCACGUCUUGGGCUGUGCUGCCAAGUAAGACAGGGUCCAUGGGUCCAUCAAGGUCUCCAUCUUCCCCAUGGCCUAGAUUCUCAGUUGCUGUGGAAAGUUGAGAUUCGAUGCGACGUUCCCGGUUUCGGUUUCAUCAUCCGGAGAACAUUCCGAUCCGCCGCUAUGAUCUUCUCCACCCGGCCCGUCGAAGUACCCCACCCCGAGCAGCAGGGUGUGCGAACUUGUUGUCAGGCUUGUCUGCUGCUUGUGCAGCGAACGUGACGGCCAAGCAUUGGGGCACUUUGUUGUCAUUCUGCUUCCUGUCUAGGCGGGCCGUCGGUUUGGUGCUUCAUUGGGCAUCUGAGCAACGGGCAAGGAAAACGUCACUCUUGCCGCGCCGUACAGUCUGCUGCGUGGAUGGCCUCAAGGGGUUUCACAGAAGAGAGGGACUGACUGACGAUUUAGAGAAAAAAAAAAAAGAACCGACUGACACCCCACUGUAUCCGGACUCUCAUUUGUACAUUCAGUACACUAUACAGCACCUCGGUUUACGAAGUGUACCUAGAACUAAUCGCGCACCUCCAAAGGACGGGAAUCUCCCGUGUCUCAGCGAUUAUCUCCCGUCACCCACCUUUCCCUUCAACGUUCGACAUGUGGCGCCUUUGAUUCGCCCUGUACACUGGAACCACUCGCCCACCAGCAAACAGUUCAUUCCCCCUCUUUGUUUCUCACGAUUUCUCAUGUCAUAGCCUUUUGCAUAACCUGACAGUGACAACAAUAAUACUCUGAUCGUAAGACCAGUGUCGUCAUUCCGGACCCUUUUAUCCGACGGUUUCCGAGAUAAGCCAAUCGCAGUUCGCUACCAUUAAUUUUGGUCCAUUGUCGCCCAAUAUCGGCUCAACACGACAACAUAUACGGUGUUUUGCCAGCGGGCAACCCGCCUUCUGAUCU